UCACAUUAUUGUUUUUAUUUUCGAUUACUCACCCAUUUUGCAUCAAAUCUCGCCCAGCCUUGCCCAAAAUGCUAAAGGGCGGGAGCACACUGAAAGCCCUGGACGUCAGACUCCGACUGCUAAGACCCUUUAUUGAAACAAGUGGCUGUGGACGCCGACAGCAGGAGCAGCAACCGCAGCAGCAGCGCAGCUUCUCUAACAGCAUCCACAGGUCCUACAUAACGUUCAAUGAUUUUCGCACCAAGAACCGCUCGUACACCAAGAAGGAGCUCGUUGGGUACUCCAUGCUGGACAUGUAUAGCGUCGUCUCCGACGUCAGCAACUACCACAGAUUUGUUCCGUACGUAAAGCGUUCGCAUGUGCACAGCCAGGAGAGCGGUGGAAGAGACUUCCGGGCGGACCUGAUAGUGGGCUUCCCCCCGCUUAACGAGGCAUACACGUCGCGCGUCACCCUGGUCCCACCCAGUCUGGUCAAGUCCGAGUGCCAUGACGGACGUCUGUUUAACUACCUGUUGAACGAGUGGCGCUUUAGGCCGGGCCUCAAGGACAUACCCAACUCCUGUGUGUUGGAUUUUAAGGUCUCGUUUGAAUUCAAAUCGCUUCUGCAUAGCAACGUUGCAAACAUCUUCUUCGACUUGAUCUGCGAUCAAAUGGAAAACGCCUUCAUCCAGGAGGUGCGUAGACGGAGCGGCCCGCCCUCCAUCCGCUCGCACGUGCUGACUUCCCAGCGAUCCUGACCCCCCUGUAGCAAAUGAAUAGACGAAAAUUUGUAAUACACGACGUGUACAAAGAACAUAAAAUUAAGUACUUUAAUA